UUAAUGGGGUGGGGGGAUGAGAUAUUGUUCGGAACAGUCAAUGAACGACGAAAGCCCAUAGAAAACUUUUUCCAUUUCCAUUCAUUGAUUCGUCCAUUCUCAUUCGUUCUUGGUCGUCGCAGCGGAGGAGCCCCGGUGCUUCUCCUCCUUCUCCAUUGAGAUCUCUCUCUCUCUCUCUCCGUCUCGCAGCAGCGCAACGAUAGUGGGGCUCCUCUUCCUUCGCGGUUAGCAGAUCUGUCACUCUUUGGAUCUGACUCUCGCUCUCUCUCUCUCUCUGCGUGAAGAUAGAAAGGAGCUGGAGCUGGGCUUGCGAUCACGGCGUCUCCGAGGAGCCAUCGACUCGCUCGGUGCGCGAGCUUCACCACCGAUUUAUCUAUUCCGGACCCGGCUAUGCUCUUUCUUACCCUCCAAACUAUGAAAAGAUCAUAGCUUUAGUGUAUCUGGAGUCAACUACUGAAUGCUGAGCAUCUUGCGGGGAUUGCAGAAUAACCCGAAAUGCAGCUGUUAUUUUAGGAGUUUAAGCAUUUGUUCCAGCAUAAUUGACGGUUCCAGCUCUCAUGAUGGAGUGCCAUGGAUUUAGCAUCCAUUAACUUGAUCUGACAGCUUAAGUGGGGGUAUAAGAUUGCUUGUCUGGCACUAGAGCUUCGACAAUUCUGGAGCAGAAGACUUCAAGUUUAUCGGGUAUUUUCCUUUAGGAGCAGUAGUGGAGAGUUUGGGACAAGAUGGCCUUCUGGGAUGGGUAUGUGAGCGAUGAAGCGAUGGGCACAUUCGCUCCAAUAGUGGUCUACUGGGUCUAUGCGGGAUUCUAUCAGCUUCUGCCUCCCAUGGAUAAUUACAGGUUGCAUACCAGGAAGGAGGAGGAUGAAAAGAAUUCCGUGCCUCUUGCGGCAGUAGUAAAGGGUGUUCUGCUUCAACAGCUUGUUCAGGCCACAGUUGCUCAGGGCCUUUUUGUGUUGACAUCAAAAGCCAAUACAUCCGGGAUCAGUACUCAACCCUCUAUCCUGGUCCAGAUCUUGCAGUUUAUUGUUGCCAUGUUUGUGAUGGACACGUGGCAGUAUUUCGUGCACCGAUACAUGCACCAGAACAAGUUCCUCUACCGCCAUAUCCACUCUCAGCACCACAGACUUGUUGUGCCAUAUGCCAUAGGGGCCCUCUAUAAUCACCCUCUUGAGGGACUCCUACUCGAUACGUUUGGCGGGGCCAUUUCCUUCCUCGUCUCAGGAAUGACUGCAAGAACUGCGGUUUAUUUCUUCUGCUUCGCUGUGAUAAAGACUGUCGAUGAUCAUUGCGGGCUCUGGCUUCCUGGAAAUAUCUUCCACAUUUUGUUUAAGAACAACACAGCAUACCAUGAUAUCCACCAUCAGCUCCAAGGGCUUAAGUACAAUUACUCCCAGCCUUUCUUCUCCAUUUGGGACAGAAUCUUGGGGACCCACAUGCCUUACGACCUCGUGAAGCGGCCCGAAGGAGGGUACGAGGCAAAGCUCAUUAAGUCGAAGGAUUAGCAGCAUUUGAGAUGGCACUUCCAGGACUGAAUGUAGUUCCUCGCUGUUGAUGGAUUGCAAAGAUUCAAAGUCCCUUUCAGGAGAUGAUUGAAGCUAUCCAUUAAUCAGUCGUCGAUUGAUUUUUCAUUCUCCCAGGCUAUAUGUAUCUCUUGUAGUUGUUUCUUGUGCUGUUUAUUAAUUUAUGUAACAUAUUUGUUUCCUAAUGCCCGUGCCGGCAAUUAGAUUUUCAGGUCUGUUGAGUGCUGAUCGGGCAAUUAUUUGUACUAAUUUCUGUUGAUUGAGUGAGGUGUUACCAGCAAUCAAAACAGUGCCAUUGAUCAAAA